UUCUAUUUGAUUGCUUCAUUUCAAUCUGAUCUCGCGCGUUUGGACAUUGCCUCCAAGUGCUUCGUUUUGUUGUUGCGAUCGUCAUCGGCCUGUGCUGCGAUUAAACAAUGGCGUUCAACUACUCGUGGCUGGCUGGUCCGAUUUGCGUGCUUCUUGUCUUUGUGCUCUUUCCGAUUGGUUGGCACAUCUACGUGCGUUUUCGCACGGCCCGCCAGAAGGCCUUUCUCGACAAGCUCCGUGCAGCCAAGGCGUUGGGUCUGUCGCGUGUCCCCUCCAUGACGUGGACGAGUGCUGGACAGCAGGCAGAGACGUUGCCGCUUCUGAGCUGCGAACAACCCCUCGAUGCGGUUUCGGUCGAGGUCUACCAGAAGCAGCAGCAGCCGGCUUCGCAGGCCAUGUACGGCUCUGGCAAAGGCCACUCGGUCAACAGUGACAUCACCAACAAUGACGAUCGAGUCCCGUUACUGCUUGGCGGCGCCAGUUCCCAGCAAGAAGAGCAAAUGCUGCUGCUUGGCAACCCGGAAAUGCGGUUUCAGCUUCGUUUCGAAAAGCUCGGGCUCAAGCUGCUCCGAAGCGACCACAAGGUGCUCGAAGGCGUCACUGGCCAGCUUAUGCCGGGACGCUUGACGGCCGUCAUGGGUGGCUCCGGAGCGGGAAAGAGCAGCUUCCUGACCACGCUCGCGGGUCGUGCAACGUACGGCGAAGAAUUGGGUCUGCUCGAGAUUAACGGCAUCCCAGACUCGCUCAAGCGCUACAAGCACUUGGUCGGAUUUGUGCCCCAGGAAGACACCAUGCUUCGCAUGCUGACCGUUUACGAGACCCUGUACUUUUCAGCCAUGACUCGCCUUCCGCGGCACAUGAGCACGCAACAAAAGCUGGGUCUGAUUGAAACGGUGCUCGAGGUGUUGGGCCUGAGCGAGAUUCGCUUUUCAAAAAUUGGUGAUGAAGAUACGCGUGGCAUUAGCGGUGGACAGCGCAAGCGUGUGAAUAUUGGCAUCGAAAUGGUCGGACAACCCUCCGUCUUGUUCCUGGACGAACCAACAAGCGGCCUGGACAGCUCGAGCUCCAAGGAGGUUUGCGGAUGUUUGCAGCGCCUCGCCAAGACCGGACUGACGGUUGUCGCUGUGGUGCAUCAGCCACGCUAUGAAAUCUUUGACAUGCUGGAUGACCUGCUCCUCCUGGGCAAGGGCGGGCGCACCGUGUACCUCGGCCCGUCGAAGCAAGCGCUCUCGUACUUUGAAGGACUGGGAUUCAGGUGCCCCUCGCAAUGCAACCCGGCCGACUUUUUGAUUGACGUUUGCAUGGGUGAGGUUGCUCGUGAAGGGCGUCCUGACUUCACUCCGGCCGACCUCUUCACCGAGUGGUCCCAGCAGGCUGCACUCCAGCAGCAAGUAGGCGGACCAGCUGGGGGCGAGACCAAUUCCGUCAGUGAACCCGAGUACGAGGUCCCCUCCGCUGGCUACUCUUUGCAGCAUCAGUUUGUGCUGCAGAAGAUUGGUUCUUGGUGUGAAUUUACCGCCAUGUUCUGGCUCUGCUUGGCGAUUCCAAUUGCCAUUCCGUACGCCAUCUACAGCCAACCUCGCUCGGUGCGCCGCGCUGAAGGCGGUGCCCUGGGCACUGCGAUAUCAAUGACGUUUAUUUUCGGGGCGGUCGCAGCUGCGAUUGCGCCCCAUGCCCCAUCCGCCGUGGCCGACAUGCUCUCGUUCAUGGGCGCCUUCUCGUGCGUUGUGGUGGUCAUUGUUCUAGUGCGCGUGUGCUUGCGACACGACCCACUCUUCUUGGCCCAUGUGCUUGGUGGAAUGUCUUCGGGGCCCUUUUUCAUGUGGUUUGUCUGGAAACGAGCUGAUGUCGCUGGAAUUCAGCGGUACGGGGCCGUUCUAGGAUGUGGUUGCUACAUGCUGCUUUUGGGGCUCCUCGUGCUGAUCGGCCAGCUUGGGACGCCCAACCUGUACGUGGCGGUAUCCGUUGGGUUGAUUCCGCUUCAAGGCCUCGCGCUGCUUGUCGUUUUUGCUUCUCGCUAUCGCCGGUUGCCAACAAAAGAUCGCGUGGCCCCGAGCGUUCUAACCACGACUUGGCAGGUUGCCAAACGUGGCUUGUUGCAACUCUCCCGAAGCUGGCUUGCGAUUGGGUUUGAUCUGGGCCUCAUGUUUUGCACUGGCUUGUUCAUGGGAGUCUUGUUCUUUGAUCGACCCUAUCAGCCUCCGAUUAUCGACUCCCUGUUUCCCUCAGGCAAUUGCACAGAGCUUCCAGAGGUCGUCUGCACGUUUUUACAACUUCCAAAAGACGAUCCCAUCCCAAGCGAAGCUUCGUUGACAUGUCUCGCGGUUGCACUUUCUGCUGUUACAAGCUCGCUACGCAUUUUCGGCAAUGAAACGACAGUGUUCCGACGCGAAUCGGCCGCGGCCUUGAGCACGGAAGCGUACUACCUGGGCAAAUCGCUUGCCCAUCUUCCGGUUAUCGUUUUGGCGCCGCUCUUCUUUACGCUGGGCUACUAUUCAUUGCUGCAACCAUCGGCGUCAUUCUGGCCCUACUUCCUCCUGUACUUUCAUAUUUAUUUUGCUUGUGCCGGGAUUGCCUACCUGAUUUCGGUGCUCGUUCCCCGCGACAUGUCCCAGCUCGCUGGCGUGCUGGUGGUGUUGGUCUUUAUGAUGUUCUCGGGCUCAUCGCCAAACCUGCAGCAACUCGCCGACAACAAGCUUAUUCCAAACGUGCUCGUCUAUCCCACCUACAUCAGCUUGUUCCGAUUCAGUCAAGAAGCAUACUAUCUUGUUGAGAUUGCGCCGUUUCAUACCAACCCAGUCACCAUGAACAAGUUCUACGGCUAUGAGGCGGGAGACUUUGUCAGCUGCUUUGUUGUCAUGAGUCAGCUGGCGAUCGUGUUUCGAAUGGCAGCGUACGUUGGACUUGUGCGCCGGGAGGUGUAACGCCCAACCAGACAUGGAUGGCUUGAUUGUGUCAAGGAAUUGUAUUCGAGAGGACUUUGUCACGUUUCAUUUUUACUCUACGGCUUUGGCUUGAAUCGGUGACAGACUAUCUAGAGUUGUGGC